GCCGGAGCGGUGUCAUGGCGGCGUCCUGCUCUCUGUCUCGAUGUGUGGUGUCUCCAGCCGGGAAACACACGGCCUCUAUCAUCUUCCUGCACGGAUCAGGUGAUUCUGGUCAAGGACUCCGAUCGUGGAUACGGGAAAUCUUGAAGAAAGAUCUGGCCUUUAAGCACAUCAAAGUCCUUUUUCCAACUGCUCUGGCCCGGCCCUAUACGCCCAUGAUGGGUGCAAUGUCCAACGUUUGGUUUGAUAGAUAUAAAAUCUCUAUAGACAGCGCUGAGCACCUUGAAUCCGUAGACUCCAUGUGUAGCACUUUAACAGAUUUAAUCAGAGAAGAAACGGAAUCUGGAAUACAGAAAAACAGGAUUCUAUUGGGUGGGUUUUCGAUGGGUGGAGCCAUGUCCAUGCAUUUGGCGUAUCGUUACCAUAGAGAUGUUGCCGGGGUGUUUGCUCUCUCUAGCUUCCUCAAUGAAAAUUCAGUUGUUUACAAGGAACUUGAAGGCUGUCAUGAAAGUCUACCUGAACUCUUUCAGUGCCAUGGACAGUCCGACCAGCUAGUCUUUCAUCAAUGGGGAGAAAGGACAAACACUUUUUUGAAAGACGUGGGUGUUUCAUCAUCAUUCCACAGCUUUCCCAAUCUUUAUCAUGAACUCGGCCUGCAGGAAGUGGAGCAGCUGAGGUCUUGGAUUUUAAAGAAGUUGCCGGAUGACUCUGCCCAAACACAGUAA